UCCACACUCAGUCGUCAGUAACUACUAACUACAUAAUACCUGUAAAUUUUAACUUUUAUGUAGCAAUUACUAAUUAGUCAUUAAUUGUUAUACUGUCACUGUAUUGCUGUGUGAUUUUUUAUACCGUUUAGGCAUCUAUUUUCCAAUGAAUAUAACGAACUCGUUAUUUGUUCAUUCUUUUCUAACUUAUGCCUAACUCACUUAAAAAGUUCAUUGACAGUGUCGGUUUUGGUUGUUGAAAAGUAUUCAAAACUUGGGCGCCACCUGCUCAAAACGUUUCAUUCCAGUUCUUGCAUGCUUAUUAAAUAUGAACGGUAUGCUUUACUUUGAAUUUCGAGUCAACAAUUGAGAUAUGAAUAUUGUAGUAAUUUAUUUCAAUGAUUUAUGAAUAGAAUUUAAAGAAUUUGAAGUUUAUUUAYAACAGCGGAUUUGUUUUCUAUGGCAAUGCCUCAUAAUUAUGGUUUAGAAAUUACCACACAGAUUCGGCCUGAAAAAAAGCUGACAAAAGAUGCUAUGGAAAGAUAUCUACUCAAUCGCAAUGACUUAGUUUUAGUCAUUCUUCAUGCUAAAGUUGCCCAAAAGUCCUAUGGUACCGAAAAACGUUUUUUCUGUCCACCUCCAUGUGUAUAUCUUCUUGGCAACGGUUGGCAUUUACGUCAACAACAGUUGCUUAGAGAAGGAGUGACUGAACCUAAUUCUCAAAUGAGUGCAUUUAUUGGCAUUGGUAGUGCAGAUCAAGAUUUGCAACCACUUGAUCUCAAUAACAUUAAACAGUAUUGUGCUGCUAAGACAUUAUUUAUAUCUGAUUCUGACAAACGCAAGCACUUUAUGCUUAUGGUAAGAAUGUUUUACAACAAUGGCUAUGACAUUGGAACUUUUCAUAGCAAACGAAUCAAAGUUAUAUCUAAACCUUCAAAAAAAAAACAAUCUUUAAAAAACGCUGAUUUGUGUAUAGCUAGUGGUACAAAAGUAGCAUUGUUCAAUAGGCUUAGAUCACAAACAGUGAGCACUCGAUAUUUACAUGUUGAAAAUGAGACAUUUCAUGCCAGUUCAACUCAGUGGGGAGCUUUUAUUAUUUAUUUAUUGGAUGAUGAUGAAAGUGAGAGUGACAUGUUCAAUGUUCGAGAUGGUUACAUCCAUUAUGGUAGUACAGUGAAAUUAGUGUGCAGUGUUACUAAAAUGGCUUUACCCCGAUUAGUCAUAAGAAAAGUUGAUAAACAAACAGCAUUGCUAGAAGCUGAUGAUCCUGUAUCACAAUUGCACAAAUGUGCGUUUUACAUGAAAGACACUAAUCACAUGUAUUUAUGUUUGUCCCAAGAGCGUAUUACAAACUUUAAUGCCACACCAUGUCCAAAAGGGCCAAAUAAAGAAAUGAUCAAUGAUGGAGCUUGUUGGACCAUUAUCAGUACAGACCAAGCAGAAUAUCAAUUUUAUGAAGGAAUGGGACCUGUAAAUUCACCUAUAACACCUGUACCAGUUGUGCAUGGUCUUAACACUAAUGGUGGGGGCGAUGUGGCCAUGUUGGAACUGAGUGGAGAAAAUUUCACACCACAUCUACAAGUAUGGUUUGGAAAUGUUGAAUCUGAAACUAUGUUUCGUUGUCAAGAGAGUAUGAUUGCAGUUGUGCCAGAUAUCUCUUCAUUUAGAGGAGACUGGUCAUGGGUGAAACAACUUACACAAGUACCUGUGUCAUUAGUAAGAAAUGAUGGUAUUAUCUAUGCUACAGGAUUGACUUUUACGUAUACUCCAGAACCAGGUCCAAGAAAUCGUGUAGCACCAGCUGACAAAAUAAUGCGAACAUCCACUUCAAAAAAUAAUUUUUCAUUAUCACAUAUCAUGAGUUGAUUAUAAAAAGGGUGAUUUUAAUAGUAUUAUUUAUUCAACAGCCAACAGGGUAAAUGACUGAUAAUUGACUGAAUGAAACAACAAUACAAUGUUUUGACUUUUGAUAAUAAAGUAGUAGAAAAUAUUAAAGAUGUCCCGGGUAGAUAAUUUAUUAAAAACUUGAUAACCAUAUAUUUUAGGGUUACUAAAAUAUAAUAAAUAUGAUAUUAGGUUGUUCAUCAAGUAAUUACUGCUGAGUACUCGGAAUAUCUCUAGUAAGAUGAUUAUAUUUUUGAUCUUUUUUUUUGUAAUUAUUUUUAAUAUUAUUGCUCAAAUUUUAAUUUGUCUAUUAGUAAUAUUUAUAUAUAUAAAAUAUUUCUAUUUCUAUACCAGAUUCUGUGAACACCAUAAAAACCGCUCAGUUUUAUAGAGUUAUCAUAAAUGUAUUACAAAUUAUUCAAAAUAGUGAUAAGUAAAAUAAUUUUGAACUAAUUUUUCUUUUUUUAC